AUGGAGCCUCGACUAAAUGCAUUGCUAGAUAUCUCGACCCAGGACAACGCGUCCAUGAUGAGCUCGUCGGGCAUGGCGUCCCCUGGCACGGAAAGGCCAUCACAUCCUGCCGAUCCUACUUUCGUACGCCCUAAAGCGCUCAUGCUGGGAAACUCACUUCCUGAAAACUCCCAAGCAAACGACAUCCGCAAAGAGACCCAAGACAGGAAUUUUCCUACACGAGCUAUGCCUAGCGCUCCAAUUGCACAGGUGUUGAACGACGAGGGGAAUCGACUGUCCGCACAAUCUGUACCCACUACUUUUACGUCAUCAUCGACAACCCCCUUCAGUGGCAGCCCAUCUGUAAUCAAACUACCGAGACUGCCGCAACCGCCCAAAAGGACAGCAAAACGACCUAGGAUACCUCCGUUGCUACAAGGUUUACAUCAACCGCCUCCUUUACCGCCUGAGGGUAGGCUUUUUCCACCGAUUACCGGCGAGAAGAAUGCCUUCGCAGGGGACAGGGGCUACGACUCUCUAUUCGACGAGUCGAGAACUAAAGAUGUGGACGACCAUGCCUUUCUUGAAAACGGGACACAAGAACUCGGCAGAAUCAAUCAACAUGGAGAGACCAUGUCAGUUUCUCAACCAGGGGCUCAAAAUACACUUGUCAACAGUACAGCUGCUGUUCCAGAAACGGAUGUGCUAACCAACAAGGCAACAACCGCUUCAGAUCAGGUCCCAACCAAACGCGGCAAGAAGCGGAACAGAUGGUCUGAACAAGAGACUAAGGAUCUCCUCGUAGGUGUCAGUAAAUUCGGAAUCGGGAACUGGAAGAAGAUAUUGCAAAGCCCGGAUUUUACAUUUCACAACCGGACGGCUGUCGAUUUGAAGGACCGAUUCCGUGUAUGUUGCCCUGGUGAAGGCCUGAAGCCAAGGCAACCAAAAGCAAAAGGGAAGGAGAAGAAGGACGAUGUGCCCCCAGGCCCAUCAGUGGAUGCGUCUCCUACCCAUCAGCAGCCGUCACCAAGCAAUGCAGAAAACUCCGCCUCCACUCAGACUAUUGCUUCUCCGAAGCAAUUAGGAAAUCAACAACGCGCACCACCUCGCAACAAGACAGUGAUACCCGACCUUGCCGAACUAGGUAUCCGCGAGCCAUUUUCAAAAACCACACGUCGGCCCCGCCGCGCCUUUAGCGCAAAUGACGACAUGAAUCUGCUCAAGGGGUUCGAAAAGUACGGCCCAGUGUGGCACUUUAUGCGCGACGACGCCGAGCUCGACUUUGGAACAAGACACCCCACCGAUCUACGCGAUCGAUUCAGGAUUAGAUAUCCAGAGAAAUAUGCAAAGGCGGGGUACAAGCUCAAGACCAAGGAGAAGGAACGUAGCAUGGAGAAGCAAGCCCUUGAACAAGAAAAAACAGACUCCUCUACUAAACCUGACGAUUCUGCUACGCAGACUUCUUCUUCGUCUUCUUCACAACAGCAGCUACACAGGACCAGCCAGUCGUACAGCACCGAUAUCACAAAAGACAUGUAUCCGUCAAGUGGCUAUGGUACAACCAUGUCUUCACACUUGUCAAACUCAAGUCUAUCCCUCAAACCCUAUGCUUCGUCAACGUACCUCUCCGACCCCCUUCCCACCCUCCCCUUCGACGACGAAAACCUCGUCGACGACAUGGGCAACGGUGACGAAAGCCCAAUCACACUUAGUCGCAACAUUCUCCGCUGGGCAGACGCAAAUCCCUCUUCGCUGUUCACGUCUAUGACGCAAGCCUCGUCGUUGGGGGCAGCGGUGAAUGCACAUACGGGGACUCUCAAUCCCCCGGAAAGGGCGUUGGGAACAAGCAUGUUUGGUGGGAAUGAUGGGCUGCAUGGUAAUGGUGGUUUUACGACGCAAUCGCAGUCGCAGAUGGAUGGGGCGAGGGGUGGGAGUUUGGCGGAGGCGGAUGCUUGGCUUUCUGCGAGUUCGGAACGUAUGUCAAGGGCAACGUAUACGUAUCGGGCUUGA